CGACUACAGAUCGGCAGUGCACGCAUUUCCCAAGGCUUUUGCCGGAGUGUUAUACAUCUGUAGGACUGUAAUUAAAAGGCAGUCUGAAGUAAAAUAUUUUCUUAAUCAAAAUGAAGCGGUUAUGGAUCAUAGGUCUUCUAUGUACUCUUCUUGCCUUCACAUCUGUGCGGGCAGAAGAAGAUGAUCUUGACAUUGAUGGAACCGUGGAGGACGAUCUGGGCAAAAGCAGAGAAGGCUCCAAGACAGACGACGAAGUAGUACAGAGAGAGGAAGAGGCUAUCCAGCUGGAUGGAUUGAAUGCGGCACAGAUCAAGGAAAUCCGGGAGAAGUCGGAAAAGCACGUCUUCCAGGCGGAAGUCAACCGCAUGAUGAAGCUCAUCAUCAACUCCCUGUACAAGAACAAGGAGAUCUUCUUGAGGGAGCUCAUCUCCAACGCUUCGGACGCCCUGGACAAGAUCCGCUUGCUCUCACUCACCAACGAAGACGCGCUGGCUGGCAAUGAAGAACUGACCGUGAAGAUUAAGGCCGACAAGGAGAAGAACAUGCUCCAUAUCACCGACACGGGUGUCGGAAUGACCAAGGAGGAGCUGAUCAAGAACCUGGGUACCAUCGCCAAAUCUGGCACCAGUGAGUUCCUCAACAAGAUGUCUGACAUGCAGACAGAGGGGCAGUCCACCUCCGAGCUGAUUGGCCAGUUCGGCGUGGGCUUCUACUCCGCCUUCCUGGUGGCCGACAAAGUCAUCGUCACAACCAAGCACAACAACGGCACGCAGCACAUCUGGGAGUCGGACUCCAACGAGUUCUCAGUCAUCGAGGACCCGCGCGGAGACACCCUGGGCCGUGGAAGUACCAUCACUCUCGUGAUGAAGGAGGAGGCCUCUGACUUCCUGGAGCUGGAGACCAUCAAGAACCUCGUCAGGAAGUACUCCCAGUUCAUCAACUUCCCUAUCUACGUCUGGAGCAGCAAGACGGAAACUGUGGAGGAGCCCCUCGAUGAGGAUGAGGAGGCAACAGAGGUCAAAGACGAGGACGCCACUGAGGAUGAGGCUGAGGUGGAGGAGGAGGAGGAGAAAGAGGAGAAGGACAAGCCCAAGACCAAGAAGGUGGAGAAGACCGUGUGGGACUGGGAGCUGAUGAACGACAUUAAGCCCAUCUGGACGCGGCCAGCCAGGGAGGUUGAGGAGGAGGAGUACAAGGCCUUCUACAAGACCUUUUCCAAGGACUCUGACGAGCCCCUUGGUCACAUCCACUUCACAGCUGAGGGAGAGGUCACCUUCAAAUCCAUCCUGUUUGUGCCAGCUUCUGCUCCACGUGGCCUGUUUGACGAGUACGGCUCCAAGAAGAACGACUUCAUCAAGCUGUUUGUGCGCAGGGUGUUCAUCACUGAUGACUUCCACGACAUGAUGCCCAAAUACCUCAACUUCGUCAGGGGUGUGGUGGAUUCUGAUGACCUGCCCCUCAACGUCUCCCGAGAGGCCCUGCAGCAGCACAAACUGCUCAAGGUCAUCCGCAAGAAGCUGGUGCGCAAGACCCUGGACAUGAUCAAGAAGAUCGCAGAGGAGGUGUACAACGACAAGUUCUGGAAGGAGUUUGGCACAAACAUCAAACUGGGCGUGAUCGAGGACCACUCCAACCGCACCCGUCUGGCCAAGCUGCUCCGCUUCCAGACCUCCAACAGCGAGAAGGAGCUGGCCAGCCUGGAGCAGUAUAUGGAGAGGAUGAAGGACAAGCAGGACAAGAUCUACUUCAUGUCUGCCACCAGCAGGAAGGAGGCCGAGUCCUCUCCCUUCGUGGAGAAGCUGCUGAAGAAGGGCUUGGAGGUGAUCUACCUGACUGAGCCCGUGGACGAGUACUGCAUACAAGCCCUGCCCGAGUUCGACGGCAAGCGCUUCCAGAACGUGGCCAAGGAGGGCGUCAACUUUAACGAGAGCGAAAAGGCCAAGGAGAAGAGGGAGGCCCUGGAGAAGGAGUUUGAGCCCCUGACCAACUGGAUGAAGGACACACCCCUCAAGGACAAGAUUGAGAAGGCUGUGCUGUCCCAGCGGCUGACCAACUCCCCCUGCGCUCUGGUGGCCAGUCAGUACGGCUGGUCUGGAAACAUGGAGCGCAUCAUGAAGGCCCAGGCCUACCAGACAGGCAAAGACAUCUCCACAAACUAUUAUGCAAGCCAGAAGAAAACCUUAGAAAUUAACCCCAAACAUCCCCUGAUUAAAGAGAUGCUGAAAAGAGUAAAUACUGAUGCUGAGGACCAGACGGCGUCGGAUCUGGCGGUGGUUCUGUUUGAGACGGCGACGCUGCGCUCCGGGUACCAGCUGGCCGACACCAAAGCCUACGGAGAACGCAUCGAGAGGAUGCUCAGGCUCAGCAUGAACGUCGACCUCGCCGAACAGGUGGAGGAAGAGCCUGAGGAGGAGCCGGAAGAGGCAGCUGAGGAUGAUGGUGAUGAUGCUGAUGCUGAUGAAGGAGAUGAGAUUGAUGCUGAAGAUGACGACACAGAAAAGGGCCCGGCCUCCACACAGAAGAUCGAGCUCUGAGAAAUUGUGAAAAACUGAUGACUGGGGCAGGGUUUGGACUGGGUGGGGGCAGGACUUCGGGUGUCACCAUAAUGACGGAUCUUCUCUGCCAGGGUGGGGGGGCUGGAAAAAUGAGGGGAUGGGGCAGGGGUGUGUGAAAGGGGAGGGGUUUUAUAGGCACUGCUUGUGUUUGAAAUUGUUUUGUUCUGUUUUUUUUUUUUUUUUACAUUCCUCAUGACUGUAAAUUUGUUAAUAUUUAACUGGAGCUGGUUAUGGAGUUCUGAAUUCCUGUCACGUGAACCAUUAAAUGUUUGCGAAAAGGGA